UAGUGGAAAUGGGAAGGCUAUUGGGUUCAAGCACUACGAGCAUAACUACAGCGGUGCAGAACAGCCAAGAACAGAGCCGUCUAAUGUUCUUCUAAAACCCAAGAAGCUUCGUCAAUGGAGUACUUGCUCUCCGUAAGCUUCUCUUCGCCUCUCCUCUCUGUAAUCCACGAAUCCAACUUCAGGUAAAAAAGUUAAUACUCUUUAUUACCGAAGCAGUCUUUCAAAAUUUCCUCUCUCAAACCCCUGUUUGGUUGCUGAGAAAAUGUCAGGAAAGAAAACUUUCGAGUCUUCAAGGAAAAAAUAAAAGCAAGGACAAACUUUUCAAUGUCUUCGAGAGGUAAAAGGGCUGCUUGCCUGAAAAAGAAUUCAGCCAAGUUACAGCUACAUUGCUAUGCUGGGUUGGGGUUUUUUUUUUUUUUCCCUUGAAACCGAUGUAAAACAAACAUACUUGGAAUUUUUCCUUUUUAUUUUCUUCACAUUUUCUCGGGCACCGAACCGGUGUAAAGAAUGAGAACCGACUCAUUCGGAUGGUGUGGCUUUUUAAUAAGUGGCCUGUCCUCUACAUUGGAUUGGUGUCUGGUCUGGUACUGUGAGUAAUUCUCCAAGUUUCUAUGGAGCAAAAGUCCAGAACUUUUUAUGGUAGAGUUUCUGGAAAACUUGUUUCGGUUACUUCUAUGGCAUACAAAAUUUGUGCAAGUCUUAUAUUGGCAUACAAAAUUCCUGCUCUAUACAUUGGCUUCCUAUUUUCCUAAAUGUAAUAACAGAUUACUUGUAUUAGUGCUAACUGAUAACAGACAACUCACGUCCGAGAUCAUGCAUGGGACAAAGCCUGAAAUCCCGCAUGGAGCAACGUCUAACAUAGGAAACCAAGAUUCUGUCCCAAGAGAAGCUCAAUCAACUCUGCCUUUAAGAACAGCAUAUGGACUAUUAGGAAGUCGACCGUUAGCUAAAUAAUUCCCUAUUAGGAAGUCAACUUGUAUUCUUUAUACUUUCCUUCUCUAAGCUUUGUACGCAUGCUUUUGGGUAUAUAAAACCCUGCUGUUCACAUCUCACACAUAAGGAAAAAUAUUCACUUUAUUUGAUCUGUUCUUUACUUUCUUUACUAACUACAAGUACAAACUCUUGUUAUUUAUUUAAAAAUUGUAAGUUACAUGAAAAUUGAAAGCCAGUAACGGAAGUACCAUUUGCAACUGUAUGGCUUAUAGGGUACCCUUUCUGUGGUAUCUAAAACAUAUUAAUUCAAAGAGCCAACUCUGUGAUCUCACGAUACCCAGUGUUCUUCAUGAGUUUGAGGUGUAUCCUCUGAUCAGAUGGUGCUGUACUGCUGUCCUUAUCAAACUGGAUUUAUUUUUUUUUCUUAUUUAUUUAGUUUGUUAAGAUAAAUUUUCCUUUCCCAUCACUCACCAAAUAUUUCCUAUCCUAUACAGCUUUUAUACAUUCUGUGCAGUUUCAAAUAUGUCUGAUCAAUUUAUCUCACUUGCCUGACAAGGAAGUUCAUUCAGUGGCUGGUGGAAAUUAGUCCAGAAUACUAAAUCAAUUGUUCCUCCUAGAUUGUACUGGAGUUGCAAGUUUAUGGGUUGUCAGAUUCUGUGAAGUCCAUGGAUGGAAAAAAAGUCGAGGGUGAGAUUGCUUUAGCAUUUGGAGAUCUGUUAAGGAAGUUAUGGGCUCCUGGCGCAGCUCCAGUGGCUCCAAGAUUGUUUAAGUCAAAGCUAGCUCGAUUUGCUCCUCAAUUCAGUGGCUAUAAUCAACAUGAUUCCCAAGAGCUUCUUGCUUUUUUGUUGGAUGGGCUCCAUGAAGAUCUCAAUCGUGUAAAAUGCAAGCCUUAUAUUGAAGCCAAAGAUGAAGAUGGGACUAAUGCCAGAGAAUCAUUUGGAUCGUAAUAACUCCCUCAAUAGCAUGAGCAAGACGGGACUAAUUAGAUGGGCCAAGUGGUGGGUGGUACAAUCUUUUAAUUCUACAUAAGUUGUAUACAACAGCAAAGUAGUCAUUAGGCUUUUAUAAGUUGUAUUACAUUUCGGAAAUUAGAUAGUUAUAUUGUAUAUAGGAAAUUUAUAGUUUAUGUAUUGCUUGGAGAAUCAUCUGUUUAGGCCUUACUUUUUUUUAUAGUUUAUUUUUUCCUAACAAAAGGAACAG